UGUGUCCGAGACUUCGAUGUGGAUUCUCAGUUGAAUGUAUCAGCUAUUAGCGGGGAUGAUGCUAAGCUAGCUGUCAGCCAGGCAUCCACGGGUUUCGCCGCCGAGUUAAGCUGCCGGAUGCUCCCGGCCGUAUCCUACUACUGGCCGCCGUCUUGACAUUCCCUCAACAUUCCCGGAUCGAAUUCGUGUCGACUGCCCAGAGUCCGCGAAUUCAAGGUCCACUCCUGAUCCAACCCUUCCCCCGCUAGCGUAGCAUAGCUCGCCGGAUAACGAGAGAACCGGACCGACGAGAGUUUCUCUUAAAAAGACCACACCCCAGCCAGACAAACAUGUCCCUUCAUCAGUUUCUGUUGGAGCCCAUCACCUGCCACGCGUGGAACCGUGACAGGACACAAAUUGCCAUCAGUCCAAAUAACCAUGAAGUCCAUAUCUACAAGAAGAGUGGUAAUCAGUGGGUUAAGACUCAUGAGCUGAAGGAGCACAAUGGACACAUAACAGGUAUCGACUGGGCUCCCAAAAGUGACCGUAUAGUGACAUGUGGAGCCGACCGUAAUGCCUAUGUGUGGUCCCAGAAGGAGGAUGUAUGGAAGCCUACACUUGUCAUCCUCAGGAUCAACCGAGCUGCCACCUUCGUCAAGUGGUCUCCAUUGGAGAACAAGUUUGCAGUUGGCAGUGGGGCUCGACUCAUCUCUGUUUGCUACUUUGAGUCUGAGAAUGACUGGUGGGUUAGCAAACACAUCAAGAAGCCUAUCCGCUCCACCAUCCUCAGUCUGGACUGGCAUCCCAACAACAUCCUGCUGGCUGCUGGAUCCUGUGACUUCAAAUGCCGGGUGUUCUCAGCCUACAUUAAGGAGGUGGAAGAGAAACCAGGCCCCACACCCUGGGGCAGCAAGAUGCCAUUUGGGGCUGUGUUAGCAGAAUUUGGAGGAGCGGGUCUGUAUCUGUGUCUUUUAUGUGAUGUUAAAAAAGCUCUUGUGCUAGAUCUGCUUUUUAAUGCACUUUGUCCAUUAGGUGGAGGGGGUUGGGUCCACUCUGUCUCUUUCUCAGCCUCUGGUAACCGCUUGGCCUGGGUCAGCCACGACAGCACUGUCACUGUAGUGGACAGCUCUAAGACUGCCAGCCCUUCACAGCUGAAGACGGAGUUCCUUCCUCUUCUCAGUGUCAUUUUUGUUUCGGAGAACAGUCUUGUAGCUGCGGGCCAUGACUGUUGCCCCAUGCUGUUCCGUUGCGAUGAUGGUGGAAUACUGACAUUUGUAUCAAAGCUCGACCUCCCCAAGCAGAGUAUUCAGAGGAACAUCUCUGCUAUGGAGCGCUUCAGGAACAUGGACAAGAGAGCCACCACCGAGGACCGCAACACUGCCCUGGACACAUUGCACCAGAACAGCAUCACCCAAGUGUCUAUCUAUGAAGGAGACAAAAGGGAUUGUCGCAAGUUCUGCACCACAGGAAUUGAUGGAGCAAUGACCAUUUGGGACUUUAAGAGUCUAGAGGCUUCUAUCCAAGGUCUCCGCAUCAUGUGAAGGAAACCUGUGAAUGACUGAAGAGACGCUGCAGGCUCACUUCUCCUCCCUACCCCCCUCCCUACCCCUCUCCCUCCUAAACCCCUCUGUUCCUGCAACGCAGCCAGUAACACGCAUAACUGACCACCUUAUCAAGUGUCUGCUGAAGCACUGAUCAGACCUUAACACAUUGUUCUGGGUGUAUGAAAACACUUUCAGACACACACUAAAGUAAACAAACACGCACACACACACACACUCUCACACACAUACACUGAGCUGACGUGUGACAUCACUGUUGAUUUUUUUUUUGUUUGUUUUUAAAUGAAGGUUAACCAGGUGUCAAAGUGAGAAGGUCCUCUGACACGUAUUAAAACGUGAAGUGAAAUGUGUGUUUUUAUGUUCUCUAACCUCCUGUACCAAAAGUUGAACACUAAAAGGUGCGUUUUAUCAAAAAGUCUGACUGCAUUUCUGUACAGCUUAACCUGAACAUGAUCUCUGAAUAUUAAUAUUUAGUAGAGUGGAGGAUGGGAUGUUUUACUUCUUGGAGUUUAUUCUCAAGCAGGUAAAAUCACGUUUAGAUUUGGACAAGGUUUUUUCUGUUUUGAGGUCAUGUUGCUGGUUAGCUGUAGGGAGCUGUACUGGAUCUGAUGGUGAAGAGAGAAAGCAGCUGCCUGAACUCUGUGCGGAGUCACGGCUCUCCAGCACGAGGUUCUGAAGCUUCUUCACUUAAACCACAAAAGAUGGAGGAUUUCUAUGUAACUGAUCAUGAGGUAGACAUGAAAUAAAGAUGAAAUACAUUUACAGUACACUAA